AUGGCCACAUCUUCGUCGAGAGAGGGAGGGGGCAACAACAUCAAAGUUGUUGCCCGUUUCCGACCUCAGAACAAAGUCGAGAAUGCCAAUGGCGGUCAGCCCAUCGUCCAGUUCACCGGCGACGACACGGUCCAGCUGCAGUCGUCCGAGACGAAUGCGCCCUUUACCUUUGAUCGAGUCUUUGACAUGUCCUCCCAGCAAGCCGAUAUAUUCGAUUUCUCUAUACGAUCGACUGUGGAGGAUGUCAUGAACGGCUAUAAUGGAACCGUGUUCGCCUAUGGGCAGACCGGCGCGGGAAAGUCAUAUACCAUGAUGGGAGACAUGGAUGAUCCGGACAAGAAGGGCAUCAUUCCUCGCAUAACAGAACAAAUCUUCGACGCCAUCCUCGUCCAUGGCUCCGCGCAGGUCGAGUACACGGUCGGCAUCUCGUACCUCGAAAUCUACAUGGAGCGAAUACGCGAUCUCCUAAACCCCGCCUUUGACAAUUUGCCCAUCAACGAAGGACCCAAGGGACCAUAUGUGAAAGGGUUGCGGGAAAUCUACGUCAACACCGUCGAAGAGGUCUACACGGCUAUGCACUUGGGCCAGCGAUCAAGAGUUACAGCGUCCACAAAUAUGAACUUGGAGUCUUCACGGUCACACUCGAUUUUCCUGGUCACGAUCAACCAAAAAGACGUCAAUACCGGCUCGCAGAAGAGCGGCAUGCUGUACCUGGUCGACCUGGCAGGUUCAGAAAAGGUUGGCAAAACUGGCGCAAGUGGUCAGACGCUGGAAGAAGCAAAGAAGAUCAAUAAAAGUUUGAGCGCGCUCGGCAUGGUCAUCAACGCUCUUACAGACGGCAAAUCGACUCACGUGCCAUACCGAGAUUCGAAAUUGACAAGAAUUCUGCAAGAAAGUUUGGGUGGUAACUCGAGAACAACACUCAUCAUAAAUUGUUCGCCCAGCAGCUACAACGAUGCGGAAACAGUCAGCACCUUGCGGUUCGGUAUGCGUGCGAAGACCAUCAAGAACAAGGCCAAGAUCAAUGCCGAAUUGAGUCCCGCGGAGCUGAAGCGUCACCUCAAGAUUGCUCAGAACCAGGCUAUGACCUUUGAGAAGUACAUUGCAUCGCUCGAUGCGGAAGUGCAGAUGUGGAGAAAGGGCGAGACCGUGCCGAAAGAGAAAUGGGUACCUCCUCUGAGUGGUGCAAGCCAGAAGACUGAAGCCAGGGCAAGGCCAGAUACGCCUUCAAGAGCACCCUCAGACCUUCUCAGAUCAGAGACACCCAGCAGACCAGACUCUCGGGCAGGAGAGAGGUCGAGUACGCCUAGUAUCAUACUCGAGAAGGACGAGCGCGAAGAAUUUCUGCGGCGAGAAAAUGAACUCCAAGACCAACUUACAGAGAAGGAAACACAGGCAGCCAACGCAGAGCGAAGUCUCCAAGAAGCAAGAGAAGAGCUCAAGUCAUACAAGGAAGGCGCCAUGCGAACGGCGAAGGAGAACGAGAUCAUGGCUGACAAGCUCAACAAGACACAACUCGAACUGCAGAAACUAUCGUACCAGGGCAAAGAAGACGCCAUCUCUAUGGAAGGCCUAAAAGAUGCGAACUCAGAGCUCGAGACAGAGUUGAUCUCUGUCAAGCAACAACUUCUCGAGCUCAAGAUGAGUGCCAGGGAAACAACGGCCGUUUUAGACGAGAAGGACCGCAAGAAGAAGGAAAAGAUGGCCAGAAUGAUGGCAGGCUUUGACCUAGGUGACAACGCUUUUUCCGAGAACGAGAACCGUAUGCGGGAGAUGCUCGAUCAAGUGGAUGCGCUCCAUGCCGCCAGCCUCAAUGGCGAGAGCGUACCCAGCCACGUCUUGGAAGAUCUGAGAGCCAAGUUGCUCGACUCGCAGACACUGGUCCGACAAGCCGAGAAGUCACUGACUGAACGAGCUGAAGACGACCGUGAGGAUCGAACGAUAGCACUUGAGGAGAAGCUGGCAGCCGUGCAACAAGACUAUGAAGACUUGCUAUCUGGCAAGCUGGGCGCCGAUGACGUGGAGAGCGUCAAGGGACGACUAGAGCAGUUGUACUCCGAUCGCAGGGACACUCAGAACGAACUCGUCCAUGAUCUCCGAGAUCAGCUGACGCACAAAUCGCAAGAGAUGGAAAAGCUUCAGAAGACCAUCACAGACCUCCAAUCUCGAGCAGGAGCCAACGGAGCUGUGGCGAAUGGGAUUUCGGGCAAAACACUACAGCAACAGAUCAGCGACUUUGAGUCGAUGAAGAAGAAUCUCAUGCGUGACCUGCAGAAUCGAUGCGAGCGAGUGGUUGAGCUCGAAAUCUCGCUCGACGAAACCCGAGAACAAUACAACAACGUCCUCCGAUCGAGUAACAACCGCCAGCAACAAAAGAAGAUGGCGUUCUUGGAACGCAACCUCGAACAGCUUACCGUGGUGCAGCGGCAACUCGUGGAUCAAAACACCAGUCUGAAGAAAGAAGUCGCCAUCGCGGAGCGGAAGCUGAUCGCACGAAAUGAACGCAUUUUGAGUCUUGAGAGCCUGUUGGCCGACAGCCAGGACAAACUGACAGCAGCAAACCACAGAUUCGAGGCACAGCUCGCGGCCGUCAGAGAACGUCUCGAGGCAGCCAAAGUUUCGUCCAGGAACAUGGCAACAGGCGGUGCAGGCGCGACUGGUGGAUUGAACAGCUUAAUGAACGCAGGUGCUCGAAUUGCCAAACCUCUGCGUGGCGGCGGUGGCGCGCCUGCCAACAGUGAAACCGCCAACGGAGGCCCGGGCCUACCGAUUAUCUCGAAUCUCAGCGGAUCAGACGGUGGCAGCAAAAGAGGCAGCUGGUUCUUCAACAACAGGUGA